CCCAACCGUAGAAUCGGGAACUUUGUUAUCUCUAUGUAGAAUGUAAAAAAAAAUCAACUAUUGAUGUAUUGUAUCGUUUUAUAGAAAAUAAAAUAAUGUUAUUAACAUUAAAACCGGAGCAUAAGAAACAUGUAUUGCUACUUACAGAGCAUACACCGCAAGUUUUGCAGGACUUUUGUAAAUUGGCGUUAGAUUAUUUGCAAAAAGGGCCAAAUAUUAAAUUAUACAAUGCAGCGGCUCAAAAAUUGGAGGUUGACGUGAGUAUAAUUAAGAAUUCAGUGGAAGGAGUUGUUAAUUUAUUACUAGAAGCUUGUAGAUAUAAGUUAAGUUCAGAGGACUUUAGAGAUUCUAUAAUAUCCUUAGGUUUUUCAGAACAACAAGAAAUAAUAUUAAGCAAAUUGUAUAAUGUGAAAAAGGACGAAAUAUUGGAUACACUUACAAAUAUUGGAUUUAAGUUGCCAGAAUAUCAUGAUAUGGAAUGGAGAUUUGAAGUUCAGAUUGCAUCAAGAACAUUACUAAAGCAAGUUGCCCCACUUAUUACUUUGGAUUUGUCUAUAAAGAAUUCAGACAAGGAUAACAAUAUUGAACAUGUGUUACUUCAAACUGAUCCUGUUAAUUUAUUACACCUAACACAACAAUUAGAAGAUGCUCUAGCAGAAGGUCGCAGUCAACACAUUCGUAGACUUUCAAGAGUAAUAAAAUGA